AUGAUAUCUGUUUCAGGUGAUGAUCUACUCCAGGGCCACUCCGAUACUGAAUUAUUCCAAUAUAUCGCUGAAUCGCGUCAAUUGGUGCCUUCGUCCAGAUUGUCGUUGCUCUCCGCGAACCUCGUUGCCAAACAGUACGAGCCGAAUGAGGUGGAAGAUGCAGUCCAUGCCAUAGCUUUUGCUCAACAGCUUAGUAUCCCUACGCCUCACGUAAAAAGAGUUAUUACCGAUCAACAAAAUGCGUAUUGCAUUAUGGACUGCAUUGAAGGAAUUACCUUAGAGCAUAUGUGGUCAAAUCUCGGGUGGUUUUUGACAAUCAAGGUGGCUCUGCAGCUUCGUCGCAUUAUCAAACGUCUUCAAUCAGCAACAUCAUUUACCGCCGGGUCUCUGGUGUCUGGUGAGUGUAGGUCAUUCUGGCUGGACGAUCGUUAUGGCCUCCCACCAAGGUCCAAAUCUGCAGAUGUUGCUUGUUUCUAUCGAUUUUGGGCUAAUUUUACGACCAUGCGUAAUGCGAUGCAGGCUGCAACUCAUGGCAGGGUUGCAGACUCUGAGGAGCGAUCCUGUCUAGAAUCUAAGAAUUUUGUAUUUACACAUCACGACCUGGCACCUCGGAAUAUUCUUCUGGCACCUUCGGGUGAGAUUUGGAUACUAGAUUUGGAUUUUGCUGGUUUCUAUCCAAUAUACUUCGAGUAUGCCUCCAUGCAGAAUUUUGAUAUGCCCAGAGAGUGGAAUAUAUUGGCGCAAUUACGAUGGUAUCUAUUUACUUGGGUUGCGGUUGGACACUACGAACAGAGUGCGCGCAUACUUCGACAUAUAAGGUCGAAGUUCACGCAAAUCCCUGCCGGAAGACGUUUCGAACUUUUGAAAACAGGAGGUCCGAGUAGAUAUCCUGUAUCUUAA